CAACCAAACACCACUGAAUCAAACGAGUUGAUAUUCCUUCCACAUUGAUAACACUCAUCACAGGCUGAUAUCGCGUUUGAGAUGGAAAUGGAGCUUACUUCCGGCCGCCGUAUCGCCGACGCCAAUUCAGGCAAACAAAAUGAAUAUAAAAGAAGAAACUAUUCAAUUUUUGAACUCCCGUCGAAUUUCUUUGAUUCCUGCGGUUUCGUUGAAUGGCUUUCAACCCCUGAACUCACCAACAACCCCGCUACUGCUCGGGGAAAAACCGUAGAAGAAACAGAGGUGGCGCCGGAGAAGAAUGCUAGUCCUAGUGAGAGAUUGACGUGUAAUACUUGUAAAUCCAGUUUUGAGUCGCUUCAUGAUCAACGGUCUCACUUCAAGUCCGAUUUUCAUCUUUUCAAUAUAAAGUCAAGCAUUGCUGGAAAGGAUACUGUUAGGGAGGAUGAUUUUGAUGAAUUGAGUUCCAAUUCCAUAGUUAAAGAUUAUGAUAUAUCAAGCAUAUCAGGUUCAGAAAAUGAAGAAAACAGAGAAUUUGACAGCCUCAGUGAUUCAACUAAGGGAUUGUUGGGAAGUAUGAAGCAGAAGAUUUUUAUGCAGUUAUCCAAUGGAGAAACGAUUUCAUUCUGGAAGUGCUUGCUUCUUGGUGACUCUGAGAAAAUUCUCUUUGAACAUGAUUUACAUGGGUUUACAAAGGACGAUAAUACCCCUUGUGUGACAGUGAAGGAAGUGACUGAGAGACUGCUGAAUGUGGUCCAUGAACCUAGAAACAACACCCGUUUCAGAGUUAUGUUGCUUGCUACUGGUGGGCAUUUUGUUGGGUGUGUCUUUGAUGGAAACUCCAUUGUUGCCCACAAAACAUUCCACAGAUAUGUUACAAGGGCAAAGUCUGGUAAAAAACAAUCAUCAGAAGAUGGUAUUGGCAAAUUUUCAAAUUCUGCAGGAGCUUCUAUUAGGCGACACAAUGAACAUGCCUUAAAGAAGGACAUCCAAGAGCUACUCGAUGCAUGGAAGCCUUAUUUCAAUUCUUCUGUUUCUAUUUUCAUUCACGCCCCCUCACACAACCACAAACUACUAUUCAAUGGUGAAAAUCCACUCUUCAUUUGUCAAAAAAAUAUCAUCAAACACAUCCCAUUAACUGUUAGAAAACCAUCAUUCAAGGAAGCCCAACGACUCUACAACAUCUUAACACAAAUCUCCACAGAACCAAAUCAAGAAAAAGUCCUCCCAAUCAUCAAAAAAGAUUCAACCUUCACACUUGAAAAGGAAAAAUUGAUGGAUAAUUCAAAAAAUGGUGAUAUCUCUGAAGAUGUUUUUGUUAUGUUAUCACCUUUACAUGAAGCUGCAAAGUCUGGAAAUGUGGAUAAAGUUAUGGAAUUAUUAGAACAAGGUUUGGAUCCUUGUGUGUUGGAUGAAAGGGGGAAAACUCCUUAUAAGGUUGCAGUUAAUAAGGAAGUUAGGAAUGCAUUUAGACGUUUUAUGGCAAUGAAUUUUGAUAAGUGGGAUUGGGAGGCUGCUAAAGUGCCAUGUCCUCUGACAAAAGAAAUGGAAGAAUCUCAGAAUGCUAAGCAGGCAAAGAAAGACGCCAAAAGGAAAGCAAGAAUGAAAGAACUGAAGCUACUACGCAAAUCUAGAGAAAAAAAGGCUCAGUCUGCUAAAAUUUCUCAGGAAGAUGCCCAAAACUCCAGCCAGGGAACUCACCGGAUCUCCGGCAGGGUUGCCGGAGUUUUGGUUUUGGUGAUCGGAAGUCUGAUGAUGGUUGCCUUUGGUCAAAUGGGCAGAGGAAGAACUAGAAAGAUCUGGUAA